AUGGUCAAUUCUCCUUCUACACCGAGUAAGAGAUCGUCUCGUUCUCUGUUUCCACUCCUCUUCAAUAAUUCUAACAAUUCGAAUAGUUCCUCGGCAAGUUCAUCAUCAAAUUCUUCUUCAUUGAAUGAAACCUCUCCUAACGGUGGACAUCUUUCUAAUAAUUGUUCAGCAUUUUCCAAUAAUAAUUCUGGUUCUUUUGAUAUUUCCAAGUAUGCUGUCCAAUUUACUGAAGUUAUGGAAGUGGAAGCUGCAAGAAAUCAUUUCUAUGACUAUCUCACCAAUAUUGCCCUCUGUAAUGAAACUGUUCACUUUUUGAGAGAUUUUGAAGAGUACAAGAAUGCUUACUUUCUCAGAUUUGGCAACCGAUUGUUACCGAAUUCAUCCUUUACCACCUCAUCAUCCUCAACAACAAGUACUCCAAGAAAUAGUACUGGAACUUCACUAUUUGGAAGGAGAAAAACUGGUGGCAAUACACCACAAACAUUGGAUACAAAAUCUGUGCGUAGUUUGAAUUUUGUGAAUGACAUCUUUUCGGGGGUCGUUGCUAGCUCAUCAGUGGCAGAACCCUAUGUGAAUGCCAUCAAGAUUUGUUAUGCAUUGGCUUCUGUAAUUAUGGAGAAGUAUAUUAUUGGUGGGUUGAAUUUACCAAAUAUCAUAAAUAAGAAGGUGAAAAAUAAUUGGGAAACUUUACAAAAUGUCUAUGAAGCCAAUCAAUGGCCAGAGGAGGCUUAUCAUUUCAUUACAAUGGUUGAGUUACUAUCGCCUGAGAAUCUAUUCAGCACUGUCUACUUGGCUGUACUCACUGACAUGAAAUUGGACCAAUUUCCACGAUAUUCAAGGAGUGACUUUUUGAAAAACUUUCUCUUAAAGAAUGGAGAGGAAUUUACCAGAGCCAUUGCAUUGGACACAACCAAGGGAAGAGAUUGUCGAUUCAAGACUGAGGAUUUCAUUCACAAGACAUUGUCAGAUCAUCACAUUACGAAUAGUUUUGCUCUCAUUGAAGACUCACCCUAUUGGAAUUGUGUCUAUGAGAAGGAGAAACCAAUGUCAACAGCUCGCUACAUUUCCUCGACCAAUUUCAUGAUUGGAAAGAAUUUGAAAGGACUCAAGUGUAUCAAGUAUGUCUAUCAAUUACCCUACCCAAGAGAUUACGUGCUGGCAAUUUAUGCGUCCAGUAAAGAGGUCCGUAAAAAGUUGGACCCUUGGGUUGUGGAUUUCAAGAAUAUCACCUAUUCUGGAGGAAAUUCUUCCACUGCCUCAAUAUUCCCUCAAUCAUCUUCAACAAGUUCAACAAGUUCAGCAUUGAAUCCACCCCAAACAACUCAAUCACCAAGAGGCACCAGAACUAGUAUGAGCAAUGAUACAACAGGUUCCCAACAAGUAUCACCUCUUGCACAGAAAGAAAACUCUUCAAAUCGAAUCUUUGAUACUACACAGUUCAAAUGUACUGUUCCAGAGGAUGAAGUACCAAGAACCAUUCUGAGAAACUCAAAAUCCUGCUCUUGUUUAUCGGGUUCUCCACCUAUUUCCCCAAGGUGUUCAAAAGAAGCGCAUCUUGCCUUUACCACAUUAGAUGUUCCUUUCACAAUUGGAUUGGGAUUCAGUCAGAGAGUGUUCCAUUAUCUGUGUAGCUUGAUUUAUGAUGCUGGGCUUGAUUGCUUCAUAAUGUAUCAUAAAACCUACGAGAAUAGUGAUUCAUCUGUAUCUAAUGAAGUGAAUGGAACAACAGAUGGAAAGGAACCAAUCAGUGCUGAUGGAUUGACCAUUCACUACUUUUACAAAACCUCAGAUACGACAACACGCCUUGUCACUCUCACCUAUGCAGAUCUUAGACUUCCCUUCCAAGGUGAUUUGUAUUUUAAAUUAUUGACCAAAUCGAGAGGAAAGGAAUUAAGGGAAGCCCUUCAGAAGAAUUUGCCUCUCUAUGAGAAGGAGUGGCAUUCUCACUGUCAAGCAAUGGAGUUGAGACAAAAACAGGACAAACCCGAGGUAUCUAAUUACGAUUCAGUGGAUGCAUUUGUGGAUUCUCUCUAUCGAGUAGAGAAUAAGGAUGACUUUCAUCUCUUCAAAACACUUCGAGAAAACAUGAAAACCUAUCCAAAUCGAUCAUGGUAUUCAGAAUUUUUGAAUUCAAGUAAAAAGUAA